AUGAUAUUGGUGAGCUGGUUUUUUGUACUAAUUACUGCAGUUUAUGCAAGAGGACUAUCAUCAACUGUUGGAGCAAGUUGCUUGUUCUCGUUAAACAACAUCACCGAAUACUCAUUCAACGUUACUGGAACAGAUUUAUCUUACAGUGGGAGAUGCAAUAGCAGAUCUUUUGUCGGAAGUUUACUUCUCUGCAUUCAAGAACACUCAUUAGAAGUAAAGGAAUUAUACAAUGGGUAUUCGUUCUUACAUGAUGUUUGUGCCUUGCAGGGAAACGUAGAUUUCACAUUCCAAGAAUUACAAUCCAUUUGCGUAGAGGCUGAAGAGUAUUCACAGGAAGAAAAUAGUUUCGAUGAAGAAGGAUUUUCUAAUGGAACAUACUUCGUUCCCAUUAAGGUUUCAAACAGUACUUACGAGAUUGCUUAUAAUGCCGUCAAGGGUGUAACACGACAUAGAUUAAUGAGUACCAGAUAUGGAGAAGUAUUAUUAUGCUAUUGGUUUGUUGUGUUGUUCAUUGUCACCAUAUUUAACCUCACCAUGUGGACCCUGCCGCGUCUUGUGAAAUCUUUUAAUCAUACAUGGGUGAGGUGGUUUAGGAGGCAUUUUGUUACUCCUCAACUUUUGAAAGAGAGUGAAUCAGAAGUCUCUCGUAAGGGGCCUCCCUCGCUUAGAACUAAAUUUCUGCAAUUAGCACCAACACGUAUCCAAACCAUUGCCAUAGUUGGAUAUUUCUUGCUUAUUUUUGUUAUGACUGUUAUUGACUAUAACUAUGUUGACCCUAACCCCAUUUACAAUUCAUUGAAAGCACAGAAGAAGGUUUACGUUGCUAUCAGAUGCGGAGUUUUAGCAAUAACUCAAUUGCCAGUAAUGUUUCUCUUCGGAACCAGAAACAAUCCAUUCAUUAUACUAACGGGGAUGCCAUACCGUACAUUCAAUAUCUUCCACAAGUGGAUUGCCCGGUUAGUCUUUUUACUUGUAAUUUUACAUUCGUUUCUUUACCUAGACUUUGUUUUUAGAAAUGGUGAUUAUAUCCAGAGGUGGGCAACAACUAAAUUUCAGUUUGCAAAUAUAGGCUUAGCAUCCAUUUUCUUGAUCAUAAUCUGCUCAUUUUAUAAAUUUAGACAGAAGGCAUACGAGGUGUUUAAGAUCCUUCAUAUAUUUUUUGCCAUCUUGUUUGUCCUUGGAGCAUAUUAUCAUUGUUAUACUCUAGGAUGGAUGGAAUAUAUAUAUGCAGCAAUCAUCAUAUGGGGAUUUGACUAUAUUAUGAGGUUAAAGAAAAUAUUGCUUACAGGUGGAAUAGUCUAUGGUGAAUGCCAAGUUAUCACUGAUCAGAUUACUAAUAAACCUCAUUCAAUCAAAGUGGUCAUUGAGCAUUCAGGUUGGUGGAGAUCAUUCCUGGGAAGUUAUGUAUAUAUAUACUUCAUGAAGAGUAACAUGUUUUGGCAAUCACAUCCGUUUACUGUCAUUGAAUCUAAUCCUGAGAAUUACAAUAAACUAGUGUUAAACAUCAGAGUCAAAAACGGGCUUACCAAAGUCUUAGCAAAUUGGUUGGCUCUACAACCAGAUCAGAUUGCCAAAGUUCCUUUAAUCAUUGAGGGACCAUACGGAUCAACUUUAGCGUUCAAUGGAUACGAUAAUGCAUUAUUUGUCGCAGGUGGUAUUGGCUUCACUAUUGUCUAUACUCAUGCCAUGGAUCUUGCAAGAAUGUUCAAAUCAAAACUCAUAAAGAAUAACUAUAUAAAUAAUUCUGCUAGACCAAUCAGAAUGGUUUGGUUAAUUCCAAAUACCUCAUUCAUUCAAACGAAUAUGCAAGAAAUUAUUAACAUGAACAAGAUGGGUAUUAUCCAAUUAGACAUUUACAUUACAAGAGGAACUGAACCUGGACCUAUGAUUGCAAAUUAUCAAACUUCAGCCUCUCAGACUCCAGAUAUGGAGGUAUUUGAUAAUCCAUUUGAUGACGAAUAUGAGAAAACGCUGGAUACGUUUUUCGGAGGUAAAGAAAAAGUACACGAAAGAUGUAAAUCGGUAAGUUCUGUUUCGCUGAUUAACGGGUUGCUGGUGGUCCAAACUCAACUGAUGGAACUUUUGCUUCGGAACAAACUUCCAGCCAAUGUGCACUACAAAAGACCCUCUGUAAAAGAGUUAAUUAACAAUUAUAUAGAAACAAUUGAGCAUGGGUCAACUGCAAUUGUUCUGUGCGGUCCAGAUCCUUUGAACUACGAUGCAAGACUAACCGCAACAAAGUCAUUGAAGAGAGAUAUCCAACGUAUAGACUACUUUGAAGAGAAGUUAUUAUGGUGA